UCUCUGGCCGUCCUCGAUUCCGUUUCCUCCCCACAACUUAUCUGCUGCCGCAUCCCAUUCUCACUUGUUGUCAACAAAUUUCUUUCUUUUUUCUUUUCCUCCUCCUCAUCAGUCUGCCGUGCGAUUCCAUUUUGCUCCCAUGCCGGCGGCGGCGCAUGAGCCGGAGGUGAUCCGUGACAAGGCGGCGAUGCGCGCGUGGUCACGCCGCCGUCGCGCGGAGGGCAAGGUCGUCGCUCUCGUCCCCACCAUGGGCUUCCUCCACGACGGCCACCUCUCGCUCGUCUCCGCAGCGGUGGCGGCCGCCGCCGGCCCCGUCGCCGUCGUCGUCUCCAUCUACGUCAAUCCCAGCCAGUUCGCCCCCACCGAGGACCUCGCCACCUACCCCUCCGACUUCGCCGGGGACCUCCGCAAGCUCGCCGCCACUGGCGCCGUUGCCGCGGUUUUCUGCCCCCCGGACCUCUAUGUCCGCGGCGGCCGCCCCGAUGCCAGCGAGUCCGGGGGCGCGAUCUCCUGCCUGGAGCAGGGCGAUGGGUACGGGCACGAGACGUGGAUUCGCGUGGAGCGGCUGGAGAAGGGGCUGUGCGGGAGCAGCAGGCCCGUCUUCUUCCGCGGCGUGGCUACCGUCGUCGCCAAGCUCUUCAACAUCGUCGAGCCGGACAUCGCGGUGUUUGGGAAGAAGGAUUAUCAACAGUGGCGCGUCAUCUGCCGGAUGGUUCAUGAUCUUGAUUUUGCCAUUGAGAUUAUUGGCUCAGAAAUAGUGCGAGAAGCUGAUGGUCUUGCCAUGAGCUCCCGCAAUGUGCACCUAUCGUGUGAGGAAAGGGAAAAGGCAUUAUCCAUCAGUAGAUCACUGGUGAAUGCUAGAACCGCUGCGCUGAAUGGAAACAGUCAUGGCCAACAAAUAAAAGAUCAAAUAGUGCAGACACUUGAAGAAGCUGGCGGUCAGGUUGACUAUGUUGAGAUUGUGGAGCAAGAGAGCUUGACGCCUGUUGAGAGGAUCGAUCGCCCUGCUGUGAUUUGUGUCGCCGCAUGGUUUGGGAAGGUGAGGUUGAUUGACAACAUCGAGAUCCAGCCACCAUCGUGAGAUUCGGAAAUCAGAUGAGCUGCUGCCUGCUCCUGGCCUCGAAGAUGUGUUUCGUUGAGGGCAGCCUUCUUGUUCUGUACCGAUACCGAUGUGCGUUGCAGUUUCAGCCCCUGACUUUAUAAUGUUGAUUCUGACCGUCUUUUUUUUUUACUUCUAUCUGAUGAUUAUAUCUAAUUGCAUUAGCUGAGGUUUCGUGCACUUGGCUUAUUCAACCCCAA